AUGAAGUUCGCUGGACUUGCCCUUUUGGCGCUAGGCGCUUUCACUGCCGCGUACGUGGUGGUUGACCAGCCGAUGGAAGGCACUGUCGAGGCUCGGAUGCCGGGGAGCGGUCCAACGCGCGCCAACCAUGUCGUCAACGCACUUCGCGUACGUGAGGCUGAGCCAGAACCCCACCACAAGGGGAAGGGACGCAAGAAGAACAACCGCCGAGAGGAGUACGACAUUGAAGCACGUGAGCCCCACCACAAAGGCAAGGGCAGGAAAAAGAACAAUCGCCGCGACCCAGAGGCCGAAGCUGAACCGGAACCCCAUCAUAAGGGCAAGGGGGGUAGAAAGAAGAACAACCGCCGUGAGGCUGAAGCCGAAGCCGAGCCAGAGCCCCAUCACAAGGGCAAGGGAAGGAAGAAGAAUAACCGUCGCGAGGCCGAGGCCGAGGUUGACGAUGUCCUUGUCGCUCGCCACCACAAGGGCAAGGGACGCAAGAAGAACAACCGCAAUUAGGGCCACAGCCGAUUCCUCCUCAAUGGAUGCUGGAUCCGAUGUUGACAGCUCUCUAGCUGAUCCGGUAGCGGAUUGGAUGCGUGUUUGACAUGGAUGGAUG